AUACUCGUAAGAUGGUUUCCCGGUAAAAAAUUGCUGUCUUACAGAACAUGUUCAAAAGAAGAUGGUGUGAUGGUUUCAUUAUUCGGCAAUCUGUCAAAUGUCAAAAAAGUUUAAUUAUAUAUAGUGACAGUAAAGAAAUCAAAUUACUUAAGGAUUGACAAUUUUAUAGUAGCAUUUUUUUAUCAUGGCUGCAAUGUUAACAGCAGAUUGGUUUCCGUUAGGAAGAGAUAUAUACUUCAGAAAGUUUGAGCUAUAUCCUCUUUCUUUCCAUACUGAAGUAAACAGUAACAAUAUCGUGGUAGCAGCUCCCUUUGGAGGUUCCAUAGCUGUAACACGUAAUCCCAAAAAGCUGGUUAAAGUACAGGGUGUUAGUAAACCUGUCAUAUUUCUAUAUUCUUCUUCAGGAAAGUUAAUGGCAAAGCUGCAAUGGUGCAGUGGGCAGAUAGUGUUGCUUGGCUGGUCACACCAAGAGGAGCUGCUAUGUGUUCAAGAUGAUGGAAUGGUCCUUAUAUAUGAUAUGUUUGGCACUUACCAACAUACAUUCAGUUUGGGAAAUGAAGCAAAAGAGACUAAAGUAAUUGAGGCCAAGUUCUUCCCUACAAUGAAUGGUACAGGUGUUGCUGUAUUAACUUCUACUAAUCGGAUAUUUUUAGUAAAUAAUAUAUCCGAACCAAAAGUUAGACAACUACCCGAAAUACCAAAACUUGGUGGACCAAUAAAUGCAUGGUGUAUUGUACGAAAUCAACGAGACAGUCAAGUUAUACUUUCGAAUCAAGAAGGAAUUUAUCAAAUACAUCACGCGUAUCAAACUACAACCCCUAUUCCAUUUAGUACGCUCUUCAGUAAUAAAGUAAAUAUUGUCACAGCAAUUGCUGUUUCUGGACACAAUAAGCAUAUUGCACUAUACGCAGAUACUGGUCAUUUAUAUUUGGGCUCAGUUGAUCUGAAAGAAAAAUAUUGCGAAUGCAAUACUAACAUAAAAGAACCUCUGACUGACUUAGCAUGGUGCGGAUCAGAAGCAGUAGUAUGCAGUUGGAAUAGUACUAUAAUGGUAGUAGGAAAAUCAGCUGACAAUAUAGUGUACAGUUAUGACGGUCCAGUACACCUUGUGACAGAAAUCGAUGGUGUGCGUGUACUUUCAGCCUCCUCACAUGAAAUGAUACAAAAUGUACGAAGCGUCGUGCAGAAGAUCUUCCGAAUAAAUUCCACAGAUCCGGCAUCUUAUUUACUGGAGGCUUCAAAGCAAUUUCAAAAGAGGAGUCACAAGGCUGACAGCUAUAUAGAUUUAGUAAAGCAUAAAUUAAACCAAGCAGUACAUGAUUGUGUGGAAGCUGCUGGUCACGAAUUUGAUUUUGAAACUCAAAAACUUCUGAUGAGAGCAGCUAAAUUUGGAAAGGGUUUCAGUAACACAAUUGAUCCUACAUAUUAUGUAACAAUGUGUAGAACAUUAAGAGUGCUAAAUGCUGUGAGACAUCCUGCUGUUGGGAUACCCCUAACAUAUACACAACUCAACUUAUUAACGAGUCAAGUCUUACUUGACAGACUCGUAGCAAGACGACAUUAUUAUUUAAGUAUACAAAUUGCUCGGCACCUUCAGUUACCUGAAAUUGAUGGUGAGAGUAGAAUAUUAGCCCAUUGGGCUUGUUACAAGGUGAAACAAACUGUAUUAGACAAAGAACAAAUUGCAGAAGAAAUAGCAGAUAAGCUGGGAUAUGCUCCAGGAGUAUCAUACAGUGAAAUUGCAAUGCGAGCUGCAGAUUAUGGUAGAAAACAAUUAGCAGUUAAAUUAAUAGAUUAUGAACCAAAAGCACAGCUUCAAGUACCACUAUUGUUAAGAUUAGGAGAGGAACGUGCAGCUCUUUACAAAGCUGUGGAAAGUGGGAAUACAGAUUUGGUGUAUACUGUCAUACUUCAUCUCAGAGAAAAUAUGCCACUGGCUGAUUUUCAGAUCUCUAUAAUGCAUUGUCCGCUUGCUAUGGCGUUAUAUGUAAAAUAUUGCCAAAGCCACAAUCGAGAAACUUUGCGUGACAUUUAUAAUCAAUAUGACGAUUUUCAUUCUCAAGCGCUGUGGUUCAUUAAGGAGAGCUAUCAGCGAAAGAAUAUUAUGUCAAGGGAUGCAUUACUGCAAUCCGCGCAAGAGAACUUUAAACUUGCUCGGCAUGAUACAAAUGCUGUAUUGACAGAGGAGCAAAUCAAAUUAUUACGCUAUCAACGAUCUUUGGAAGACACCCUUGAUCAGCCUGUAGUAGGCAAAUCACUUCACGAUACAGUCAAGCUUUUACUUCUUCAAAAUGAGCUCAAGUUGGCCGAUAAAUUACGAUCCGAAUAUAAAUUGCCAGACCGAAGAUACUGGUGGUUAAGAAUACAAUGUCUAGCCGAAAAAGGACUGUGGAAUGAGAUGGAGAAGUUUUCCAAAAGUAAAAAAUCUCCUAUUGGCUAUGAGCCAUUCAUGGAUGAGUGUCUGAAAUACAACAAGGAAACAGAAGCAAUGAAAUAUCUACCAAGAAUAAAAGAUGAGUUGAAGGUGAAAUAUUUGGCCAAAGUAAAUUUAUUGGUGGAAGCAGCUCAAAUAGCACUGGACCAGAAAGACGUGUCAGCUUUAUCAUUUGUACUAGCGCAAUGUUCGCCCUCUGACAAAAAGUUAGCGGAUAAAAUAAAUUAUAUGAUAACUAGUCUAAAGAAUGUGUGCCAGUAAUAAUAUUACCAAGUGGAACUAAAAUUUGUAUAGAAACGUUGAGUAGCCAAUUGGUUGUAAGAUGAAAUUUGUCUCGGGACAAAAAAUAAAAAUAUAUUUUAUAAGAUCCAAGGACA